AUGCUCAAAAGCUUGGGUUUUAUACAGCAAUUAAGAAAUCUAGGAAAGCGAAAAGUUAGCAAAAUGUCCAGUUCCAUCGGCGCAAAAAUCAGUCAGCCGGUAUGGCAAAAGCCUUCCAAAGAAAGCCAGGAAUCCGUGUUGAAACUAUACAAUAGUUUGACCAGGAAGAAGGAGGAAUUUGUUCCAAGAUCUGGCGGGAAAAAUGUAAGUUGGUAUUCUUGCGGACCCACAGUGUACGAUUCCACACACAUGGGGCAUGCAAGAAACUACGUUUCUAUCGAUGUCAACAGAAGACUGCUGCAGGAUUAUUUUGGCUAUAACAUCCAGUUUGUUCAAAACGUCACCGACAUCGACGACAAAAUUAUUGUUCGUGCGCGCCAACUGUACCUUUUCGAGAAUUUCGUAGCGAAAACCCCUGCACCAAACGCAGAAGUGCGCCAAAAGUGCCAAGAGGCUGCUCUAAAAUACAUUUCCACCAAUUUAAACUCUGCAAUUUCGUCUUUUCAGCAAUUCGAGUCGUGGUACGCAUCUCUUGACAUUGCAAAGGAAAAGGAAGCUAAUCCCAAGUUUGGAAUGCACUCUGCCUCUGUUCAAACCGCCAUUGAAGCUCUAGGCGAAGAGAAUGCGGAGACUUUCUACGAGAAGGUCAAGGAUGUUCUCAUCCCCGUCCUCGACGAAGAAUCCGGAAGCACAGUGAACGAUCCUGAGAUUUUCCGUAAACUGCCAGCAUACUGGGAGAAACAAUUCAACAAGGACAUGGAGUCUCUGAAUGUGCUGCCACCAUCCGUAACUACCAGAGUGUCCGAGUACGUUCCUGAAAUUGUCGACUUCGUCAAAAAAAUUAUAGAUAAUGGAUACGCCUACGCUGCUAACGAUGGUUCCGUUUAUUUCGACACCGUUAUGUUCGACAAGUCUGAGAAGCACGAGUACGCUAAGUGUCAACCUUGGAACAAGGGUCAGCUAAGUCUAAUUAAUGAUGCGGAAGGCUCGUUGAGUAAUUUCUCCGCUUCCAAUGGCAAGCGUUCUCCUAACGAUUUUGCGUUGUGGAAAGCUUCUAAACCGGGUGAGCCCGAAUGGGAGUCUCCUUGGGGCAAAGGUAGACCUGGAUGGCAUAUUGAGUGCUCUGUGAUGGCUAGUGAUAUACUUGGUUCCAACAUCGACAUUCACACCGGGGGUGUCGACUUGGCUUUCCCACAUCAUGACAACGAAUUGGCACAAUCCGAAGCCUGUUUCGAUAAUUACCAAUGGGUCAACUAUUUCUUGCAUACUGGUCAUUUGCAUAUUGAAGGACAGAAGAUGUCGAAGAGUUUGAAGAACUUUAUUACGGUCAGAGAAGCCUUGGACAAGUUCUCUUCCCGUCUAUUGAGGUUGACUUUUUGCUCUGCUCAAUGGAACAGUCCCUUGGACUUCAAAGAAAGCUUACUUGUAGAAGUGAAAUCUCUGGAGCAGUCGUUGAAUAAUCUGUUCAAGAACGUGCGCGCUUUGCAUGCCGACAUCGACCACAGUGAAGAAUCAGGCAAAUAUGUGUCAAAAAAACUAAGUCAAAAAGAAAAAGACCUGAUGAAAGAUUUCGAUCGGUACCAGGACCAGGUUCAUGAGGCAUUCUGUGAUAACUUGUCGACUCCAGUUGCCUUGAAAAAUAUUGGAGAACUUGUAAGCAAGACUAACCAAUACAUUGCUGCCGCUGGUAGUGAUUUAAAGAUCGAGCCCUUAGUCGACAUUGUUCGUUACGUUACUAAAAUCAUGGCUAUUCUGGGUUUCCCAGCAAGGCAGGAUGGCUUGGGUUGGUUGGACGAGGCCAACGAAGCUGCAACUGGAUCUUCCAAUAAGGAAGAGCUUUUGAUGCCUUACCUCAAAUGCUUGUCCAACUUCCGUGACGGAGUACGCCGCCUGGCCAUCGAAAAUGUUACAAGUGGCGAAUAUCUUAAACUAACUGACAGAGUCCGCGACCAGGAUCUUCUAAAUUUGAAUGUCUCGAUUGAUGACAGAAGUGACCAAGGCUCUUUAGUGAAAUUCUUGAACGAUGAAGAGAAGGAUGAGCUGCUGAGAAUUUUAGUAGAAAAAGAACAACGGCAAAAGGAGAAGGAAGCCAAGAAAGUUGAGCAAGCUAAGUUGAGAGAAAGUAAAGAAAACGAAAGACGUAAAAAGGCGGAAAUGGCUCCAGAAAACAUGUUCCGUGAUCCUGAAUUAUACUCCGAAUGGGACCAGGAUGGUAUGCCUGUUAAAAACAAGGAUGGUUCAGAUGUUACUAAAUCUAUGCUCAAGAAGCUAAAGAAGGUAUACGACCAACAGAAGAAGCUGCAUUCCGAAUAUUUUCCUUGA